GUUUUCAGACUGUGUGUGUUUAGACAGUUUUUACACUCGGCACUGGCAGAGGAGCCCAGACGGGGAUGGUGACACGGUGCCCGGCGGGAGCCCCGCGGGGAGAUGGAGCCGCGCCCGCCGCUCCGCUCCGCUCCGCCCGCCCCACCUGAGCUGGUUCGGCAGGUUUGAGGAGCACAGGCGGCUGCCAGAGUGCAGGAAUCCCGCAGAGUCCCGGCCGAGCUGCCCCGUGGCUCCCAUGGCCCCCCGGCUGUGGCCGAGGUGAAAGCAGAAGGGACAGGARCCUCAUCCCCUCUGAACACCACAAGUGCAGGCAGCAGUGCCCUCAGCUGCRUCCCUGGCAGCACGGAGCCGGGCACUCUCAUGGCUGCUGCAGACCCUGUCCUGCCCUCYGAGGAGGUGGCUUUGCUGGAGCUGGGGAAGACAACCCUCAACAAGGUGCCACCAACCCCAGAUGAACAUCUGGGGGACCCUGAUGCCACCCUGCCAUGGGACCAGUGCCAGCACAGCACCCGGGGCCAGCUGGAGCUCACGGAGAUGAAGAGGCGCUCGAGUCCCGAGGGGGGCCAUGAAGACCCUGAGGAAGCUGUUCCCACGUGCCCCCCAGUUGAGGCUGAAGAUGAAGAGGUCUCCCAGCUGCCCGUGAUGGCAGCCCAUGUCUUUGUGCCCAUCGACCCUCAGUGCAUCGAGCAGAGCCCCUCCAAGCCAAAGCAACACCCCACCCCACGGCCCCACGAGGAGGGCAGGGGGGACCGUGUCCCCUCCAGUGACAGAUCCAGCAGCCUCCACCACAAGCAGGUCUUCCUACCCYUCAGCCCCUCACGCUACCGGGACCCACUGGAUUUUAACGGGCGCAUGGCCAAGCCCUCAGCUGAGGGGUCACAGUGCCUGUGYGCCAGGGAAUGUGGCACUGACAACCUCAAGGCCAUAGCAUCGGUGGCAGGGGCCCUGUUCCUCUGUCCCUGCCUCAUUUAUGGGGCCUAUGUCUUCCUGCCCUUUGACGCCCCACUGCUGCCCACAGUGACGGCCCGCCUGGUCUACACGCUGCGCUGCGCUGCCUUUGCCACCUUCCCCAUCGUGCUGGGAAUGAUCGUCAACGGCAUCUCCCGCCUCUGCUCCUCUGCCCUGGAGCCCUUUGGGGAGCUGCACCAGGAGGUGGAGAUCCACCGCACUUACGUCUCCCAAUCUGUCCACCUCUUCAUCCUCUACUUCUUCAACAUGGCCGUGCUGGCCACCUACCUCCCACAGGAGCUCCUCAAGCUCAUCCCACUGCUCACGGGGCUCUUUGCCAUCUCCCGGUUGAUUUUCUGGUUGUCCUAUGCCAUCGGCCGCUCCUUCCGUGCCUUUGGCUUCAGCAUGACCUUCCUGCCACUGCUGGCCAUGCUGCUGUGGAACCUGUAUGGCAUGUUCAUCCUGGAGCCUGAGAACCUCCUCGCUGUGGCAGCUGYAAAGCCUGAGGAGCACUCCAAGGAGAGCCGAGCCAAACUCCGGCACUGGGGGUGAGGGAGGCUGGCAGAUGGGGUUCCUGGGCCCUAGGGGCUCAAAUUUGCCUUGAUGCCCAGCACAGCUGGGCCCCUACUCCCUGCCUGGACAUGGUGAGCUUUUGCUGGGCCCACAGAAUCAGGUUGCAAACUCUGCACCAGGAGAUUCCUGCUGGAGGAUGAGCAAGGCCUGGAGCAAGACACAAGCCUUGUUCGCUGGGCAUGGGGUGUGGGAUUUGCCUCCCCUCCUGCUGGAGCCAACUUUGCCCAAUAAAGCCCUUUACCAAGCAGAUCUGUGGCUGGUUUGUGGAGGGUGGGUAAAAUUCCCCAUGGAAUGAUUCAGAUCUUCACCUACAGGAUGCAGUCAUCCAGCCUCAAAAUUAUGUUUCCAAGAAGGAAA